AAUGGCGAUCACGAAAACUCACUUUGGGACUCCCUCUUGACAUACGCCAUGCAGCAUCUCAAGGUGAAAGUUGAAGACAUUCACAUAGUGUACAGGGACAUUGUUUCUGUCCCGAGGUCUCCGUUUGUUCUUGGAUUUAGCUUGGAUAGCAUUAUCAUGGAGACUGAUAAUCCGUCUCAGUGUGAAACUGACUGUGUCGGAAAGAAGUUGUAUCUUAACUCACUUGCGCUCUAUUGGAAUACAGGAGUCGGGUCGAAAAAUGAACUUACAUGGCAGUACCUCAAAGAUCACAUUGCUCGUACUGCUACAUCUGUUGAUUCGAAUUCUUACCUUUUGAAGCCAGUUUCUGCUGAAGCCAAAUUGAAAAUUAAUUACGGAUCUGAUCUGGGCACAAGUGUCCCUAAGAUGUCAGCUGCUAUUCAGCUGGAUGAUCUAACUGUGGAACUCUCUAGUCUUCAGUUUCGUGAUAUGAUCAAACUCUAUAACAUGUGGGAUAUGAUGGAUAGAAACAGUCCUUACAGAAAAUAUCAACCGAAAACCAAACUGUCUCCUCCUAGCCCUUGCAAUGUGGUGAGACAAUGGUGGCAGUAUGCCAUCAAUGGUGUGAUUGAAGUACAAAUCAAGCCAUCCAGAUGGUAUUUAGACAAGAUGCUGCAGCACUGGCUUUGGUUCAAAGAAUAUUUAAGUUGUUUUGAGCAGAAGUUGAAGCAGCCUAAUUUACCGCCAAAUGUUAUACGUAAACUAAAGGUAUGAAUGGCAGUAUUCAGCUAGUCAACUUUGCAGUGAAAUGUCACCUUAGGCUUACCAUCAUCUAGACAUAGGAUAACUUUUGUUGUUGUUACCAUGUA